GUGUGUGUGUGUGUGUGUGUGUGUUUUCCCUCUCACAUUCCUCAUUUGUCGCGCUUAUAUGUUUGAGAGAGCAGUGUGAUCUGUUCAUGCUGGAGAAAAGAUCACCCUGAGCACCACCAGGAUCAGACAACUGAUCAGAUCUUUGAUGAAAGCAUCAGAAGAAGCUGCUGCAGUGCAGUGCAGUGGAUUCAGUACAGUACAGUCCGAGAGCAAACGUGAGCAGAAAGACCAAUACAAGCUGCAGUGGAAGCCAGUGAAGCAGAACCAGACUACUGAUCUACAGAGUUGAGGAAUACAUCUCCAAAAUCACCACCACCAACAUCUCCACCUCCAGCAUCAGCACCACCAGCAGCACCACCCAGGAGCUGUGGGUUUAUCUGGUCAACGUUCAAGAGAAUCCAUGAUGAUGCCUGCACGGGAAACCACCAAGAAGAAACCACCCAAAGACAGCUUAACGUUAUUACCCUGUUUCUAUUUCGUAGAGCUGCCCAUCGUGGCUUCCUCUAUGGUCUCUCUGUACUUCCUGGAGCUGACGGAUGUGCUGCAGCCGGCGCAGGUGGGUUUCCGCUGCCAUGAUCGCUCGCUCAGCAUGCCCUACGUGGAGAGCGGAGAAGAACUCAUCCCCCUGCUGAUGCUGCUCAGUCUCGCCUUCGCCGGCCCCGCUGCUUCUAUUAUGAUUGGAGAAGGUAUCGCCUACUGCAUGCAGUCCAGACUCAAGAUCGGACCUGGGAAUGAGGGAAGCAUCAAUGCUGGUGGAUAAUUUAACUCCUUCCUCCGCAGAACUGUGCGGUUUGUUGGUGUUCACGUGUUCGGACUUUGUGCCACAGCACUGGUCACUGACGUCAUCCAAAUAGCCACUGGUUACCACACGCCCUUCUUUCUGACCGUAUGCAAACCCAAUUACACUUUUCCUGGAGUCUCCUGUGACAAAAACCCUUACAUCACUAAAGACAUCUGCUCUGGCCAUGACCAGCACGCCAUCCUCUCGGCCAGGAAAACCUUUCCUUCCCAGCAUGCAACUCUUUCUUCCUUUGCUGCUGUUUAUAUUUCAAUGUACUUCAACUCCACUAUCUCAGACAGCACCAAGCUGUUGAAACCCGUGUUGGUGUUCGCCUUCGCCAUCGCCGCCGCCCUGACGGGACUCACGCAGAUCACGCAGUACCGCAGCCACCCCAUCGACGUCUACGUGGGCUUCUGCAUCGGCGCCGGCAUCGCCGUGUACCUGGCGUUCUACGCUGUUUCUAACUUCAGACCGGUGCAGGACACCAUCCCCGUCCUGCCCCCGCCCCCUCCGAAGGAUGCCCUGCGAGCUCUCGCCCAGAGAGGCCACGAUUCGGUUUACAAUAAAGCCCAUGCCUCUGAGAGCAACGAAGAGAUCACGUCACCAUCUUCCUUGGACGGCUUGAACCGCCCCAUCCAGCGCGAGAAGGCAUCGCUGGGCAGCUUGAAGCGAGCCAGCGUAGACGUCGAGCUCCUUGCGCCCCGUAGCCCUAUGGGUAAGGAGACGAUGGUGACGUUCAGCAACACUUUACCCCGUGCUACAGCUGCAGGCCCUGAGGAACCUACACGCCGUCUGGUAACGGUGCCUGUACCUGUGGACCCAAUGCGCUCGCACCAGCUGGUCUCUGAAUGGAAGCAGAAGUCCUUGGAGAUGCGCAGUGCAAGUCUGCAGAGCGAAGAGGGCAGUAAAGAGUCCUCUGACUUUGGUGAAGACACCACUGAGGAAGAGAGUGCGCCUUCUACACUAUACAGUGCCUCCGUACCACAUCCCACCAAGUCGCCCAAUCCGCCAGCUGGAGCAAGAGUAGUGAUGCCCCCCAAACCACCAGUUCCUCCCCCGGUGUCUCCAAAGAGUGCGAGCACCCGUGCUAAGUGGCAGUCCAUCACAGAGAAGAGUGGGGCCAAUAUUCCAGGUGCCCUCAGGGCAACAAAUCAACCUCGCAUUAUGCAAGUUAUCGCGAUGUCCAAGCAGCAGGGUCUUCUGUCCAGCACGCCCAAAUCCUCUGAGGCCUCCUCCUCCUCUGCCACCUCAUCUAUCACAGGCACUGAGUCACCUCCCUAUCGGCCACCAUCUGAACGUGACAGCAGCUCUGGUAUCAUCACAGUAGAUGCCCAUGCCACCCAUCACCCUGUAGUCCACAUGGUCUCCAACCCUGCCAAUCCCUGGGAGUGGAGAGGAACCUCCGAUGGGAACAUGACUGAGUCAUAUGAACUCAACGACCUGAACCGUGAGGGCUCUAGAGGAUAUCGUCAGGUCAAGAACAGCUCACUGUGCUCCUCAGCCAGUGAGGCUGACCUCGAUUCCCUCAAGCCUUUUCAAACCCCUCAGCCUUCUCAACCGCUCCAGCUCCCGAAGCUUGACCAAACCAUGGAGGGACGCAGUCUGCGCUGCAAAACCCCUCUGGUGCUUAUCGAUCGGGAGAACCCACAGAACCAUCAGGAGAACUUCUACAAAAAGCUGCAGAGUGGAAGACGUUAUAAAGAGUGACCACCAAGGUGCGACAUCUAAGAGCACAAAUGAUGCAGGUUGGACAUGUAUCACUAUGCAUCACUCAGACUCUCAUUCUCUUUUUGUGCAUCUUUUAGUUUUGCUCACGAGUGAAGGGAACGAAAAACGAGAAGCAGAAAAUCAGCACAAUAUUUUUGGUCUUAUUGCAGUAGAAUGGAAACCUAAUGAAGAACAUUUACAUCUAUAAACUUUAUUUAUAAAAAUUCUCAGAUUUCUAAUAUAAAAAAGGCUUAUUGCGAGGUCGCUAUUAUGUAUUGUGGCCUUUUAUCUGUUGUUACUUGAUUUUGAAGCACAUGCGUCUGAGCCUAUGAUGUCAAGUGGAUUUCAUCUAUUUAUGUCUUUUAAUGUGCUUCUUUCUUACGAUAUAUAUUGCCUUGGGGAUAAUAAUAUUCUAAGAUAAACAAUUUAAUGGAGUUCGAUUGAAUCGGCUUUCUCCUCGUGCAGGAAAAACUUUAUUUAAAGCUUAAACGCUGCACUGAAAACGAGUUCCAUCACGUUUCUGAAAUGGGGAACGGAGCUGUUUUUACACAUGGAGCUUACAGAAUCACAUGCUUAGAUCCCGACUGUAGUUCAUCCACACCUGAUAUAUUUCAUAAACGCAAUUACGAUGCAUUUUUGGAAAAAAAAUGGUGAAACUGGUAUUUAUGAGCUUCAGAAUGACGCUACUUUUCCCUGCAAAAGUCUUCUGGGGUAAGAAAAAUCUAUUUUUAAUAAAAGAAUACAUUAUUCAGAGCACUUACAAAUAAAGCACAAAAGAAGUGACAUUACAGAUAUAGAUUCUAGUAGUUCUAAUAAAAAGGAUGUUAAUAAGUGAGGGGGGGGGGGGGUUUGUUUAAGGCGUUUUACCAUCUGCAUUUUUUUCUCUUCUCUUUUCUCCGGUAUUGAAAAGCCUGUGGCUCGUGCUCGCUUGCCGAUGGACUACUGCAUGUUAAUGUUAGUGGUUGUAUCAUUUGGAAGUUCAGCCUUGUCACAGUGAUGAAUUAAACUUGAUCAGUGAUCGUCUUUGUAUUGUGUGGAUCUGAAGCACAUCGAAAGAACAACAGCGUGCAGACGUGUGAAGAUACAAUAAUAAUUAAUUAAAUAAUACAUUAAAACAUUGCGAUAAUCUCACCGAACCUUUUCAGCACAUUUGGAAAAUGAUGAGAUCAGCAUGAUAUUGUAUUAAAAUGUGAUGUUUUCAAACGUUCAAUUUUUAUUGUUCUUUAUAACACUUGUUUCCAGUGCGGAGGCUAAUCACUAGCGUUCACGUGCAGAAGUGCACAAAGAACCUGGAAAUCAUCCUGCAGAACGUACUCUGUUAUAAAUAAAAAGACGCCAAUUCCAAUACGACUCGAGUAAAAUUUCUCUGAGUAUCUGAUUGGAACAGAACUUGAGUAUUUGUCUCGUAUUAAACGUUGACUCAAAGAUGCACUCGUCCUCAACACCAAGACAUAGAAGAUACUGUACAUACACCAUGUUCUCGUAUAUCUUUAAUAGAGUGGGAAUGGAUCUGGUCUAUUCUAUCAAUGAUCAGCCGAUGAUCAGCACCAGCCGUCUGUGAUUCAUGAAGUCAUGAAUGAGAUGGUGGAUUCUCACUGUGAUUAAAUCAGUAAUAGUGUGAUCUCAUGGCUGCUAAAUAUCCAAAUCAUUCCGAGUUUGAUUUUCGCAGGCGAUUAUAAUUUUAUAAUGAUUGACCAGAGAACGACAAAUUGACCACUUUAUAGUUAAAAUAAUGUGCAUGUCUCACCCUGAGCUCAUGCAGUGUGCAGUAAAGCAGGAAGCCUCGGGUGUGAUGGAGAUCUGGAUCUGGAUCAAGUGCUGAACUUGUGAGUGCUUUUUGGUAUUUAACAGCAAACCAGGAACAUGCCACAAAUCAGACUCCUGUUUUUAUUAUUCAUGUAUUUUGUGUUUAUUGAUGUGAAUAAUACUAAUUUAUAUUGGCUCAAGCGUUUAAAUAAAUUGGAAUUGUUUAUAAAUAGGUCAAUAUUGGAAGCUUAGGAGAUCAUGCUGAUGCUCAUCAUCCAUGUCCACACAUCUUCAGGUGGAUGGGACACAACAACAGAUCAUAUCAGCUUCCUCACCUGUCAGCUGGGAAAAGAAAUCUGAGGGAUCAUGUGGCAGAGGCUCAUUAAAAGUUUCUUAGCAAUCUUCUGCUUGGUGAUGGUGAGGCUCUGUCACAGAAGCUUCAGGUUCCUGUUGAUAUCUGACUGUCUGGCUUCUCCACCUUCCUGAGAUGUUUUCUACUCACCACAGUUGUGAAUUAUCCAGACUUCCUGUUAGACUCUAAUUUUAACAGGGUGUUAAUGUGUGUGUGUGAAAAAUCCUCACCAUUUUCUCGAACAGUAAAACCAGACAGCCAUGAAGUCACGCUUUACCACAGACACCGCAGCAGAUACGAAGACACGCAGGCCCUCGUUACCAAUCGCACCUGAACUUCCUCCAGCAUUUGUGAGCCUGGUGUUCUUUACAUCCUCCACACUUUACAAACGCCCCCUCGAUGCUCCACGGCCCGUCCAUAAUCUACUUCUCCUUUAUUUAUUUUAUUCCUUCCAGGCAAACGGGGCUCACGCUGUUGCCAUGGCAACCGGCGGCUGAGCAGUAUGAAGCAAUUUAUCAUUUUAAUGAGAAGAGUGUGAGGGACAGGGCGAGGAGGGGCUUCAAAAUCACAACCAGAGAGACACGCAAGACAUGUCACCCUGUGUUUAGACCACGCUACAGUAAUGUCCUGAGCAUGCACUAAUGUAUCCUGGAAUGAAGCAGUUACUCGGGAAUUUGAUCUGAUCACGAGAGAUAUCAGGAGGAAAUGAGUUCAUGUUUAAUCCAUGCAUUUCGCAUUAUCCCUGAUGGGGGUGUUUGAUCUAAUGCAUGUCUAGAAUGAAUAUGCUGAGUCUGCAGAUUUCAGCUGAACCUCAUCCUGAGAUGUACAACGCCGUAGAAAGAAAAUCAUCACAUUUAAUUUACAGUGACCUCGAAUUUAUUCCCUCCGAAUGGAGAAUAUUGUUGAUAUUUUCACUCUGUUUCCAAUCCACUCAUUCUGAUAUUAUUUAAAUUAGGAUUCUUUUAAUGUCCUGCUGCUUUUUCAGACACCUCCAUUCAUCUACAUGCGAAUCUAAUGAUAAUGCAUUUAUUUAAAAAAUAAGUAUUGGAGUUGUUCUGAAUAUUAUCGCCUAAUUAUAAGAAUAAAGAAAUUGUGAAAUGGAUUUGACUCGAAAGCAGCUGGAAUCGAAACACGCUUCAAAUAAAACUAUAAUGAGUUUUCUUGUUAUGAUUAAAUAAAUUAAUCUGUAAUGUAGUUUGGUAAAAGAAGCUGUGCCAGUGGCUGAAUCACAGUCCCCUUAUAGGGGGAAUAAUCCAGUAAUUUAGUGAUGUUUGUGAGUAAUAUUUGAUUUUGCUGUAGAUGGUGUAGAUGUGAUGUUCUUCUCUACCUUGUAUCUGUACGCUACAUUAUCAGUGUCAGCAGGUGGAUCAGAACACAUUCUUAAAACGUGAGUUUAGUUGUGAUUUAUUUGGUUUGACACAGUAAGAUGCCUGUUUGUGCUGGAACUCAAGGCCACGCCCCCUUCUUCUCUGCCUCUUUGUGUUUAGAUGAGUGAUAGAGAGAGAUAGAGUGAUAGAGAGAGAGAGAGAGAGAG